AUGACACAAGAUCCUGGGCUGGAGGCCUGGGAAUCCUGCUCAGAGCUGCGACUCUGCUGGCGACUCCCAGGCAUGAGGAUCCUGCCUGUCCUCUGUGCUCUGCUCCUCCUGAUGCUCCAGGGAGUGACAGGGCUGUCCCCGGUUCGAGCAUCAGCCCAGGACUGCGAGCGCCGAGGGGGAUUCUGCUCCCGCCGCUCCUGCCCGCCGGGCAUUGGCCGCGUCGGCCUCUGCUCCGAGCAGGAAUACUGCUGUCGGAUGGAAGGGUAG